GCAAAGCAUAGUUUCAAAUCAAACCGAAACGUUUGGUAAUAAAAUGGAAGCUUUCCGCUUAUCACAUCCAUUUAUGCUCACAACCAACCCCUUCAAGGCUCCCUCUCUCUGCACCUUUUCCUUCUCCACGCAUCCUCGCCGGUGCUUCAAGGUGGAAGCUGCCAGAACACACAAGAAUAACCAGCCCUUCGACGCGGCGGCGUACGAGGCGGAGCGGCUGGCGCUCGACGCGGAGGCCCGGCGAGCCAUGGCGGAAGCCGCUGACCCGAAGGCCUGGAAAUGGGUAAUCCGAAAGAGGAUAUGGGACAUGAUGGAGGCCCGCAAUUUUGCCAACAACCCUCGACCUGUUCACCAUCGCAUUCCCAAUUUCGUUGGGGCUCCCGUCGCUGCUCAAAAGAUGAGGGAGCUAGAUGUUUUUCAAGUUGCUCAAUGUGUAAAGGUUAAUCCAGAUUCUCCUCAGAAACAAGUCAGGUUUCUCACUCUUUCAGAUGGGAAGAAGUUGUUGACUCCUCAACCUCGUUUGAGAACAGGUUUCUUCUCGGUUCUUGAAUCCAGUAUGUUAACUUUGGAUACUAUGAAGGAAGCCUGCACUUCUGUUGGUGUUGCCAAGCAUGGACGACCGAUUGGGUUAGAUGAAAAGAUAAAGGUAGAUCUUAUUGUUAUUGGAUCAGUUGCUGUUGACCCAAGGACAGGGGCUCGAUUGGGAAAGGGAGAGGGAUUUGCGGAACUUGAAUACGGUAUGCUGAGGUACAUGGGAGCCAUCGACGAUUCAACACCAGUUGUUACCUCAGUGCAUGACUGCCAAUUGGUGGACGACAUUCCAGUUGAAAAACUAAAAAUCCACGACGUACCAGUGGAUAUCAUUUGUACUCCAACACAAGUCAUUUUCACACACACGACUAUUCCAAAGCCUCAAGGGAUUUAUUGGGACAAGUUGUCUCCUGAGAAGCUUGGACAGAUUCGUAUACUGAGGGAGCUCAAGAAGAGGAUUGAACAAGAGACUGGAACGAAGCUUCCUACUGGUCCAUCAGAGAAAUUACCACCCACUGCUCAACGAAGUCGCAGGGGUUAGUUAUAUACAUGUAAGUUUUGAUGGAUUUAUGUAUAUAUUAGAGGUGUUUAGUGUUAAGUAAUGAGAAAACUGAACGUUUAACUUUAAAAUUGUUUACGUGUAUAUAUAUCUAGCAUUGUUAUGUAAAGACCUCUUCAAAGAAAUAAGCAUUUUCAACCCAUCUGAAUAUUGUUUA